GUUGAAAAGGGAAACGUCAAAGUUUCACUGGUAAAAGAAACAAGUUAACAGUAUUGUAACUUUGUAUCUGAAGUGUUGCACGGAUUUGUAUUCAGAAAAUCAACCCAGAAUUAUUUAGAAGGUCUAUUUUUGUUUUUGUAUUUGUUUAUGAAUUUAGUCGUCUAGAGACGGUACUUAACAAUGACAAGUAUAAGCACGGCUAAGAUUCAAGAUAGUAAAAAGGAAGGCUGUGAAUCCUUGGAAUAUGAAGAAGACUGCUACUAUGUGAAGACGUCGGCCACACCGAGUUUCGACCAUUGCUGUCAGGAAGGUGACCAGGAUGCCUUCAGUGUACAUGAAGAUGAAGCAGCAGCCCGUUUAUCAAGAGCUUUUGUGGAUGACCAGUUGUGUGCAGAUGAUUUGUGUCAGUCAGAAGCUGAAUUAUUUGGCAAGGAAAAUGUGAAAAUGAGAAAAACUUUGCUAUCUAGCUCCCAGGAGUUUUUGAAAACAAUCAUUGCAAAAGGCAGCAGUCGACCUCAGAAUUUUAACAAUUUUCUUCAUCUUAGAAAAGCUGAAGAAGCCCCGAUUGCCAUGUCUCCAGAUUCGGGGAUCAAUGAGCUGGCAGGACUUAGUCCAGAAGAACAAGAGAAGCAGCGUCAAGAGUGGCAGCUAGAGCUUGCUAAAGUGGAGGAAGAAAUCCAGACCCUGAGACAUGUUUUGGCUUCGCGAGUAAAGCAUUCCCAGGAAUUGAAGCGCAAAUUGGGUAUCACUGUUUGGAAAGAGAUACAAGAUGACAUGUCCCAGGGAAUCCGGAACGUUAAGGAAUCCAAUGUAUAUCACAAUGUUGAAGACAAGAUUGGCCAAAUAAGUAAAGCAGUGGCAAGUGCUCCUAUUUAUCAGAAGACAGAAUCUGUGAUCAAAACUACAGCAGAGAAAACGACAACUCUUCUGGGCGGGCUUGGGUCCAGUGUCACUACGAAACUGGGUCAGCUUAAGAACUCUGAAUCUUUCCGGUCUUUGGAAGAGCAAGUUGGUUCAGCUUACGAAAAUACCAAAGUCGGCACUUCCCGCUCCAACUCGAUGCAGAGUUUUGACGAAGCGCUGCGAGAAGCCGAAGGCACACGUAAAGGAAGUGUGGGAGCUGUUUCUCCUGCUGCAACUCCUACCAUCCCAGAAGAGAAACCUCUUUCCUAAAACUUUCAUUCUGUACACUUUAUGCUGCAAAAAUGUUUUCUCUUUUUUCCCCCAAUUUCUUUUUUUUUUUUGCUUUAGUUGUUCUUUCUUAAUUUUCUAUCAACGUUUUAUUUCUGUAAUUUGAUGCAUUUUCAUUUUUAUCUCAAAUUAAAGUAAAAUGUUCCUGGUGUGUGUUCGCAGUUUCAAAGUUAAGUACUCCAGUUGAGUUCUAUAUUUUGUCUGGAGGCCAUACACAUUUAUAGGAGAGGUCUAACAAAGCCUGAACUUUUAUUUAACAAUUUAAAAUAUUAGUUAAGUAGUUAUCAUCAUGAAGCUAUGAGUACACAUGCUUAAUCAAAGUCUGAGAAAAUGGAUUUCCUGGAUAAGCCGUUCACUUAUCUGUCAGAGUGACAUUCUUUGCUUGUGGUGUAUAACCUGUUUAUUUUGAAGGGACAUAAUUUCAGCAACUGUUUUUUUAUAACUGUUAAAAGCAAGACAGAGUUGUCUUAUUGUCGUAACAUAUUACAUGGUUAUCCCUUAAAACUUAUAAUUUUUUAAUGCAGAUUAGACAUUUGCUUGUUAUAUAAUUGUGUAUAAAAGAAGAUUGUCAUUGUGGGUCUUCCAUGCAGGGCAUUGUUAACAUUCAACUGAACUGGAUAAAAGCAGCAUUAUUUGUUACGUCAAGGUGUAACCAAUUUUUUUGCAUAAUUUCAAUAAAUAGGUUUAGUUUCUUUAAGAGUUUGUCUUUCAUUGGAGAAAUUAUUUUCUUUAAGACUCUUAACAGUUGUAAUAGCUUUUGAGAUUUUCACAUUUUUAAAAUCCACAGAACAUGAAUAAUAUUGUAGAUUUACACCUUAGGUUUAAAUUAGCUUCUGCUAUAGUGUUUUACAGAGAGAGAGGUUGGACAAAUUGCAUUGUAGUCAAGUCAAUUUUUAAUUGUAUUUCAUUUAAAAAUAAAACAGCAAUGUUCAAUUUUUGUGGGGAAAAAAAACUCAAAUAAUUAAGAUGGAUGUAAUAUUUACAUCUUCUGUUAAAUUACAUCAAGAUAAAUUGAAAUCAUUUUUUUAAAUGUGUUUCACCAAUAUCAGGAGGAUAUUCUUUGCAAAAUGUUAGUUGGAAAAUUAGUGUACAACUUUCGCUGAAAAAAAUUAUUGCAUUUUCAUUGCAUGCGCAUAAUCGUCGCACCCAUAUUUUAGUGCGUCAAAAUUUGAAUAAAAAAAAAAACUCGCGCAAAACGUCGCACGAUGUUUUUGGUCCCGCUAUUAGAUUCCGAGCGCUUUGUGUAGGUAUCUUUUCCAUAUAAAACAAUGUAUUUUAAAGUAUAAAUCUAUUAUGAAUAUAAAUCUAACAUUACCACUUAAUUAACGGAAAUACGAAGUUGUCUGAUGUGUAAAUUUUCUUUUAAAGACGUUUUUAAACGUUAUAACCUUUAUCUGUUCGUCUGCGUCGCCGCGGUGUACCGUUUAUAAAAAUGUAGCCAGCGCUAGUUGGCAUCAUUCAUUUUUGGUUAUGUUGCUUCCCGUAUAGAGCGCGCACACGUAGUCGAAUAUCGAUAUCUCGCAGAUUCAUGCAACGCGUGGUCUCUGUCGAGUGUUGAGUUAACUACAUUUGAUAGCCUGCACUCUUUCGUGUUAUGUGUGUACUGCGAUGAUAGUUACGUGUUAGUUCACGUCUUAUAUUCAAGUCUGUCGUGUUAGGGUCACAGAUUUUGUUUUUCUAUUUAAAGUUGAAGAAAGGUUUUGUUGCAUGACAUAUUAAUAUAAAUUGUUUGGCGUGCUCUUGUAUACUCCACUUUUUUUAAUUAAAUGUACUUUUCAUGAAUGGGUUUUGUUUUUAUGAAUAACUUUACCUAACAAAACAAAAUUUUUUUCCGCAUAAUCGUCGCACCCCUACUUUUCAAACUUCAUUUUAGUAUAAAAUGUGUGAUGAUUAUACGAUAAAACACGGUACUAUGUAGGGUUACAUACACCAUCUAAGAAUGAAAAGCAUUAUUCAAAGACAAUUAGAAUCUAAUUUUAAAGUCUAAACAAUUUUUAACUUAAGUCCUUUGAGUAUCCAAGUUGUUUUGCAAAGAGUUUAUAGACAUUACAAUUAAUUUAAGAAAUGUAAAGUGGUACCAAAGUUAACACUUGUUAGUUAUUUAGAGCACAUGUCAUUUUCAUUGUCUUUGUUGUAAUGAUGCACAUUAAAAGAAUUCUAAGAAGACAUCAAAGAUAUUAUAAUGUAAUAUGUAAUGCCAAUAUAAAAUUAAAUAUUAAAGGAAAUUUAUGUACUCAAAUAAUGAAAUAUCUAUACGUUUAGAAAUUAGCUCAGUUGGUUAAAAAAAAAUUCAGUAUAAUGUGCUUAAUCAUUUAUAAAAAUGAAUUAAGAAGAAAGAAUUACACCUAGUUGUUUUAAACAUUUGAGAAAAAUGCCCUGAGCAGAUGACUGCUUCUUCAUAGUCAUAACUUUUUUUGGUAGAAUACUUAAUGUGCGGUCACUAGAGACAAGAUUCAAUGGUUUUGUUUUUAAUUGUAUUUAAUUUUUUUUUUUAAAAAAAAGUAUAUUUCUGUGUUAUUGGUGUUAUUCAUAUAUAUUUUCAUUAUUAAUUUUUCAUGAUACACGAGGGUAAAAUGUUUCUUAAUACUUAUUUUACCAAAAUAUUGUAUUUUAGACUUAUACGUUAUAGGUUUUUAGAACAGAAUAAUUUGCAGUGUGUCUAGGACGGAUUUAAAAGAAAUCAGAAGACAUAUGCAUGUUUGAAAAUGUACCAUCAGGAAAAAAAAAAAAGUAGUUAAUAUGAGAUACUAUAUAUCACAUAAGUAAAAUUGUUUCCAUCAAUUUGGUCCAUACAUUUUGGUACAAACUUUAUGCGUAAAUAAUGACAGUCAUUAAAUUUUUUAAUAUUAAAAAGUUUUUAGAGACUUGAAAUAAUAUAUAUUUUGAAUCUUGGUUAUUUUAUGAUUUAACUUAAAUCUCUGUGCUAAAUUUACAAAUUGCACAAUUUAGAAGUACAAAAAUAAAAAAUAGAAAUAAAAUAAGGAACUAAAUAAAUCCAUUCUGGUGUUUGCGUUCUUUUUUAAUAGUGCUGUUACAGCAUCAUUACAAAUCUAUUUUCCCCCUCAGUUUUCUUUCAACUCACUGGAAUAUUAGAGCCAUUAGCUAAAGUUAUUGCAGAGCAGGGCUGAUAUAUUAGACCAUUCUCGGUAAAAUUAAGUUAGCCGAUAGCGUGGUUUUGAUGUCCGUUUUAAUUUUCUCUCAAUUUAUAUUGAUGAAUGUAGUGGAAAAUAAAAACCCUCCAUAUGAAUAACCCCAAAUAAUCACAAAAGUUUUGGGAAUUUUUUUUGUGCCUGACAAAAAAAAGUUGUUAAAAUCGGGGCUAAACACAACCAAAUUGGAGUUCAAAAAAAUGAAUGGGUCACCCACAAUAGUUGACCAAAUCAAACCAAACACUUUACCAAAUCAGAGUAAAAACAAUGUGUAGUAAGUAAUCAACAAUAAAUAGUCAAAACCAAGAGAAAUCCAAGUUUUAAGUACAUGUUUUAAUAAUAGAUGUGGGACAUUAAAUUGAAGUAAGAUAUCAAAAAACAAAAUGCAAAUUAUUAGUGGCUGCCAUUUAAAGCAUUACUGUUUAUUUCAAGACUUUUGUGAACAGUCCAGUUUCGAUGCUUUUGUGACCUGUAGACUACCUGUGUAUGAGUCAUGAGUAGAAAGUCAAAUUGAACUGUUUAUCCUCUGUGAUUCAUUCAUAAAUAUGUUAUUGCUAAACUGCUUUGUUUUCCUACAAAUGCUAGGUUAAUGAUUUCAGUUGGGAAUACACAAAUUUUUGAUUAACAUACUUAUGUUAGAUUAAAUUUUUAUGGUAGUAAGUUCAUUAUAAUUGAUGUAUUAAUGCCAAUUAGUCACAUUAUUGUCUUUUAGUAUAAAGUAGCUUUUCUAAUAUCUUUAUGAAACUUGUAAAUACUAGAUGUAUAUAAUAAUGCUUUACACUAAACAAAAUGUAUUUCUGCUGAGUAUCAGUUUCUGUGAAUUAUGGCAAAUAAUAUCAAAGUUAAGGUUGGUAAAGUUAGGUCAGCUAAAUAAGUACAUAUUUAAUACAUAGUUAAUAUGUAGUACAUAUUAAUGUAAAUUAAUUAAGCUAACCAACCUUUCACUUUUAUUAUUAUUCAACUUUUUUCCCAGAAGCUACUAAUCUGCCUAAUCCCAAACCAAAAUAAACUUAAAAUAGGUAUUCUGAUGUGGUGUAUGGAAUAUUUGGAAAAUAAUUAUUUUUGAAUACCUAUAUUUUUUUAAAGAUAGUGAUGUCAACCCUUUACAUAAUUUAUAUAUGAGAAUGCACAAAUGCUCUCAUUUUUUUAAUCAUUUAUCUGUUAUGGAGAGGUGAUUAUACAUUUUUUAUUAACAGUUCUCUCAAAACAGUUUUGUUUAAAGGAAUGUUGUGUGUUUCAAGGGGAAGAACCUAAUUCUAAUAUAUUGUAUUUUCAGCAACUACUGUAUUUACUCGCGUAAAGGCCCCCCCCCCCCUUUUUUUUUCUCUCCAAAUUUUUGACUCCAAAAAAGAGGAGGGGGCCUAAUACGCGAAUUUGGAAGAAAAAAUAGAUUCUUCUUUUUUUCAGGUAUGAAAAACUAACAUUUAAUAAAAGCAAAAUGAAAUACCGCCACAACUUAUUUAAACGCCCAUUAAAUUUUGAUUAAAUGAAACAGCUGGCGGAACGACUGGCAAGUCGUGCGUCUUUGUUCUAAUGAGGGAGGGUGGGGAGGCAGCGACGCAGCAGGAGAGAGGCGGAGGCGUCGCUUAACCUCCCUCCUGCCAGCUAGCCAGCCAACCAGACCCACUUCCCUUCCUCCUUCACUUCCCCUCUUCUUCCCCUCUCCUUCUCCGACAACUCUGCACAUCAACACAGCGCGCGAGUCCAGCUUUCUUUAUCUUUAUGUCGUUUGAGAUAGGACUAACUGCUUACGUCUGGCAUGCCUCACGACGGUCCUACUGAGAAGGGACAAACUAUAAUACCAGUCUCUGCAUCACUGCCGCUCACAAUACAUGGCUUGCUGUUUGAUGCAUGCCAAGCUGCCCUGCCCUCAGAUAAACCCAGAAGAACACGUUUUUAAAUUUUUUCUCAAAAAUGUUUACAAAACAAGGAGUGGGGGCGUAUACACGGGUGGGGCCUUUACGCGAGCAAAUACGGUAAUUAAACUACAUCUACUUUGAAAUAAAACAAAAUUACAUUAACGUAAUGUUCACAGUAAUAGUAAUUAAUUGGAGUGUAAUAUUUUAAGUCAGGGGUAAAAAAAGCCACCAUGUAAGCCUAAAUUCACAUAUGUACAAACACUUUGAAAUCAUUAUAUACGAGAAGUCAAUAAUCAACUUUUUUUUAAGUAAUGAAAUAAAGUCAGUCAGGCAGUAAACACAGAACAUGAGUUUAAAUAUUUAAACCUUUGUGCAUUAGCUAUUUCAACAUGAAAUACUAGAAUCAUAAGUAUUUUUUUUAAUCAUUAAACUUGAAAACAUCAAUUGUUUUAUGCUUGUUAACCAGCCAACUAGUGCAUUACCAUGGUAAAUAGACAAGGCUUCCAAAAGGUAACAAAUUCGAAGCAUCAGUAACACCAACUGCUUCAAAUAGUAUUAGGUUUAAGCUUCAUAAUUAAGAUGCACUAUGUAAGGCUGCUACACUUAUGCACUUAUGAUGCGUAGAUACAUGAUCAAUUUUUUCACUCCCCGUCAUAAGGCAACCUAUCAUAACAGUAAGGCGUCAGUUAUGAUCCAUAAUUGACCUACUGGUGGUUCUAAUAUGCUGGUACAUAUCUGAAUUCAGCUCUGAGAAGCAAGUAGUCACGGUCUUCUGUGGAAUAAUUACUGAAUGACGAUUUGGAGAUUUAGAAAUUUACUGAAAAUUUCAAAACGUACAGUUACAGUUCUCUGAUCUUAUUCUUUGCAGUAACCAUAUGGAGCCAUCAGCUUCCUCAGAGAGUUUUUCAUUAAGUUUUAUUUGCUGGUGCACCUUGGAGGGGAAAAGUCGGUGUAGUUAUGGGCAGGACAGUUUUCAGUUAUUAACAUAUUUUCCUAGUUGUUUUUCAUAUCCUUGAGUGAACUUUAGGGCCAUUCGUGAGAAACAAAUUCAUUUGUUUUCCAUUUUCUCAGACCCAUCACUACUUGAGCAAAGCAACAUGGUGAACUGCUCUUUUUUGCAUCCAUUGCAUGUUUCUGAUUUUUGACCUCCAAAUUUUUCCUUAAAGAUUUAUUGCUUGGUAUAAAAGUUUUUAUUUUUAAUGAUCAAAUUUUUUUUUGCAGAACACAAAUAGUGUCAUGCGACAAGAAUUUUUUUUUUCAAUUCGGUUUGUUAAAUUUGUAGACCUUGUAUAUUUUCUGUUUUAUAUAACAUUUAUUUAUCUUAAUUUCUUAUAUAUAUGUAGUUAAUUUAACAUAUAUUUUCAUUUCCUUAGAAAUGUUUCUUGUUUUGAGUUGUAAUACAACUAUGUAACAUGCAUCUUGAUAUGCAAGCAAACAAAGUCUAGAUCCAAGCAAUUACUUGCACAAACAAGUUUUACUUUGGUAAAGCUGUAAAGCUGUAAAGCUGUAAAGCUGUAGAGUUGAAUUACUUUCAUAAUCUGUGGGUAUUUAUUUCCUUUUAAUAUGUGUUGUACGAAGAUGUCAAUUUUUUUUAAUGUUAAUGAAGUACGUAUUGGUUAAAAAUUAAAAUCAAUUUGUGCCUUACAGAGUUCAAGGAGUUUUUUGUAAAAGAAGUGAGUUGUGUCUUGAGUUUUUUUGUAUGUAAGGACACAAUUGGUUUUGGCUUCAGUGUGGUUUCAAAUUGUAAAUAAUUAUUUCAUUUUUUUUUUUAAAUUUAUAAUUGUGGGGGGAAAAAUAUUUCUUGCUCUUCUGUACAGACCACACCAGUCCAUUAAAAUGUAAUCUCAGUGCUUGACUUAAUCAUUUGUGAAAUUUAAUUUUCAUGUCAUUAAUAACUUUUUUGAAUAUUAAUUAAAAUCUUUUAGUUUAAAUCAUAUGCUUCUUAGUUUUUAUGCAGCUCUCAUAUAUACAGUGCCUUUUAUUAGUCUGGUCAUAAUUGCAUGCAAAUAUACAUAGUAAUUUUCGAUAAUGUUAAGAAUUUAAAACUGCAAAUUUAUAACAUCAGUCUUGAAGGAUGUAGUUGGCAGCAGUAUGUUGUUAGCGAGUGGUGUUAAUUGUUAGGCGACGUGCAGAUAGUUAAGUAAUUUGAAGACCUAAUUACUUUUUUGUUGACUGUUACUUAAGAGUUUAAAACUUAAGUAAAAUUGUUUUAGAAAUAUGUUUAGUGUUAAUUUUUUCCUAAAUUAGUAUUUAUUAAUAAACAUCUGUGAACUUAUUAAAAUGUCUUGCAUAAUUAUUGUGUUAUAUACAUACACACAAUAGCUAAGGGUAGGUUGUGUUUAUAAUAGUUGGAAAUUUGCAUAUAGUAGUGUGAUAAAAUUAUAGAUUGGUGUGUUGGAAAUUAAAUUAAAAGUAGUAAGAACACACAAUAUAGCCUUAUAACGGUUGAUUUUUAUAGACGUAGAUAAUAUUAUUUAGAUUAAAUAAUGUAAUUUUUUUUAAUCAUUAAUUGCUUGUUUUUGCAUUACUGCUGAUGUUACUACACGUGUUAUAUAUUUUUGGAUCAGAUUUCAGUGUGCAUAUUGAAGCCAAAUUUAAUAAAUUAAUUCAUCGGAUUGUAUGCUAUUGUAAAAAUACAUAUCAUUAUGUCAUUUACUAAUUUAUUUUUGCAUAGGAUCUACAAUAAAAAAAAAACCAAACCAAACCAAACCAAACCAAACCAAACACACAGAUUCAGUUCAAUUUGAAACAUAUAGACAUAAAGUCUGAUAAUAUGAUCAUUUAAACAGAUCUAUUGUAUUUACUCCUAUAACCAGUUGGUUACCCUUGUAUGAUAACAAGUCUUGUUCAUGGUUUUGCUGUUAAUGCAACUUAAAAUAAAAUUUCUGCCAAUAUUUAACAAAAUGUAAUACCAAAUUUCUCGCAAAUUUAUUUUCUCCAUUUUCAAAGUACAAUAGCAAUAAUAUUUUUUUCUGCAUAGUUAUCCUAAGAGAAAUGGGUAAAUUUAAAUAAUUGCUGGGCACUGAUAUUAGCAAAUUAUUAGCAGCAAUUAUAAAACAGCAAUUCUUUAAAUAUUUUUAAUUUAAAACUGUUGAAAACAUAAUUUUUGACUAAUUCAAGAUUGCAUAAUUUCAAUUCCUGGGCAGUGAAAAAAAUGUUUACAGGUCCAUAGAAUUUUUAUAGUAGACCUGUGCAAAUACUCAAAUUCCUUAAAUUGAAUAUGAAUAGUUUAUUAUUCAUAUUAAAUUCGACUUUGAAUGAAUACUAACACUUCAAAAAAACAAAUAUUUAAUUGGCUAAGAAUAUUUGACACAGCAUAACUCAUGAGUUUGUUGUAUAUAAAUGUUUACUAUUGAGGUUAAGUCAUAUGUUUUAAUGAGUCAGAUUUUUAACGAUACCCCAUCAUAAAAGACUCGAAAGAUUCUCUGAAUUUUAAACAAACGACAAGUAUUGUCUCUGAAAACAGGAGAAAAAAAUCACGUGGACGAUUCAAAAGACAAACUACAUAUAUUUGUGACAUUUCAAACUUGAAAACAAUCUAUUGUUUGUAUUAAUUUUGUCACACAUACCAGUAUUGGAAAAAAAAUUAACAAACUUCAAUGAAACUGGACUACAACACAACACAAUACAUGGACAUUGUUUUGCGGUAGCCACCAAAAUAGUGAACGUGAUAGUUGCAAUUGAUCUAUCAUCAUGUGACACACUAGUAACUUAAUUGCUGUAUGUACCUAUGAUGAAAUAGAUGUUUCAACUUGAAAACAAAACAAUCUGGAUCUAGAUUCCAGAGGAAAUAUACAUAAAAUGUGUUUUUUUUUUUUUUUUUUUUUUUAAAUAUUGUUGAACAAAAUACAGUUUUCCUGGCUGCCAUUAACAAUGAAAACAUGUGUAUAACUAGGGUUUAAAUAUGUAAAUAAGAGCUCAUUUUAUUAUUAAUUUGUGAAUACACAAUUAAAAAAUUCAAGUUUCUUGUGAAAUGGAUUACGUUGGCACGCACUUUCUCAAAAAAUUUUUAACUAACAUGUAUAAUUAUUGUAGCUGACUAAACACAACCAACCUUUCACUUAAGUAUUAUUUGUCUAAUUUCCCAGAAGACACUACACUACAUAUUCACUAUUUUUGUGCUCUAUGUAUUUCUUCUGUGAUAUGAAAGAAAAAAAAAAUUAGUGGUACGUAUUCUUACUGUCAUCAUUACAAUUCUAAUUUAUUGUUCGUAUUCAAAAAUAACUUGGUAUUCAUAUUCAAUUUGAACUAAAGUAUAUAUUUGCACAGGCCUACCAUUUAGUCAAUGUAAAGACAUGUUUAGUUGGAUUUUUAAUUCAUACAAUUUAAAAUAAAAUGCUUAUAAUGUCUAGUAGAACAUGCUAGAUUUCUGCAGAUGCUACCUAUUCUCUUUUGAAUAGAGGAAAGGAAACUUUACAGCUUUGAGACAAAGAAAUGAACUCUCCCGGUCAAACUAGUCAUUCCUUUGCCUCCCAUCAGGCAGAGAGGAGUGGCCACAAGCAGGGAAUGUCCAGUUCUGGCCAUCCUAAAUCCCUGUUUGUUUCUAUAGUUUAUAAGGCUGCACAUAGCUCGUUCUGGAUACAUGUAGCAAGACCUUUUCAGUUCAGCUGCUAGAUUGUUUUUCCUUUUUUGUGCAUGUCUAUGUUAUGUGUGCACAUGUGCGUGCGUGAUGUUUCAUAGUUGUCGAAGAAGAGGUAGGCUGUGUCGCUACAUAAAAUUGCAUGUGCAUCAUUAUCUGAGAAAAUGCUUUCAUUGAGGAAGUACAUUGAAACAAUAUUCUGCAGCAGUCAUUUGUAAAAGUUUGUUGAUAAAAUUAUGAGACAAUUUUGUAUUACCAAUUGUGAACUGAAUGGGGCUGUCUGAUUGGUUUCCUGUCUGUACCAGAGUUCAUCAUGGUCCAGGGAUGCUUUUUAUUUGAAACUGUUAUUAUCUAUAAAAAAAACUAUAUAAAAUAAAAUUGUUGGUAUUUUUAAACACUUCAUAUAAAACAAUUACAAAUUAUUUUAAAAGUUGAAUUAUAACAUUUUAAAGCAUAUAUUUUCAGCUUAAAAAGUCAUGGUUCAGUUUGGUUCGAGAAAUUAUCCCUUGGGUUUGGUUUGGUUUAGUUUGAAGCUAUGUGAUUAAGGUUAACCUAACUUAACUAAAUUUAAAAUUAUUAUUGAUAAAAGUAUUGCUAAGCUUACUCUUAAAACUUAACUUUUAACCAUAACUAAGUAGUGAGACUUUAUCAGCAAAAACAUUCCUUUCGAAAGAAAAAUAUUCUUCUCAAAGCAGUUAAAAUUAGACCCAAAAAUUUGUGCAAUUUAUCUUAAUAUCAGAUUGUAAUUUACCACAAAAAUUAUGAAAUAAGUCUAUUAUUAACAUUUUUAUAUUUAGUUAUAUGUAUUGUAAAUGUGCUCCAAUUUUUGCAUUUGUGCUAAUUCAGCAUGGAAAUAAAGCCCCUAAUGAGUAUAUUUAUUUAAAUUUUGCCACAUAUUUUGUGAUGUAUUUGUAGCCCAAUUCUUCUUCACUCCCUUUCUUUUCCCCAUUUUUUUUUUCAAUCAAGAAAAUGUAUAUACAAUUUAGACAUUUCUGAAAGGAACAAGUUUUUGGUCGAUUUCCCAGUGGUAAGAAUUUUUGUUGUAGUGAUAAGCUGAGUGAACGGUAUUUAACCAUGUACAACUCUGUAAAUACCAUCAACAGCUUUUCCAUUUCAUAAAAUUUGUGCCGAGUAGUAACGUACACUAUACACAUGACAGUGUGAUGACUUAAACCCCAUCCUAAAAUUGAGCAUUGUAUUUUACACUAUCAGGCUUGUAGAUAGCUGGCAGAACGUACUGUAGGCAAGUCACCCGGCCAAUUUUUAAUUGACAACUAUUAUUUAAAUGCCUUCUUAAACAGCUGUCAAUACGUAUUCAGCAUUUUGUUGACCAGUUUCUCCUUAAGUCACCUAUCACUAUCUUGUUAAAUGUGUAAAUGUUUUGGGAUCUGUUAUGUAUAAGUGCAGUGUAAGAAAUACAUACAAUCCAUUUGUGGUUCAA